CAUCAGGACCUGUGGCUCACUCGAGUAUAGCGGGAUACACAUCAGGACUCCAGCAUUCAUUUUGGCUGCACUCGCAAUCGUGUGAGUUUAUUUAAGCAAAAAAGCAAUUUAUUAUUCAUCAAAAAGGAUAAAUAUGGAUUGUUCUGAAGAGGCGCAGUCACUCUCAGAUGAAGCCUCCACUCCAAUGGAGUUAAAAAAGGGAAUGUCAAUAUUUUUGGAUAUAUUGAGAAGAGCUGACAAAAAUGAUGAUGGGAAAUUGUCAUUUGACGAGUUCAAGGCUUAUUUCUCUGACGGCGUUCUGUCAGGAGAUGAAUUGAAGGAGCUCUUCCAUACGAUUGAUACUCAUAACACGGACAAUGUGGACACGGAUGAGCUCUGUGAAUACUUCUCUCAGCACCUUGGAGAAUAUGAAAAUGUUCUUGCUGCCUUGGAGGACCUAAACACCUCCAUACUGAAAGCCAUGGACAAAACCAAGAAGGAGUACCAGGAGGCCACACACCUUGAGCAGUUUGUGACGCGUUUUCUGCUGAAGGAGACCACCAGUCAGCUGCAGUCUCUUCAGAGCUCACUGGAGUGUGCCAUGAAGACCACAGCUGAGCAGACCCGACAAGAGAGACAGGCACCCGUGAAGCCCGAGGUUCUGUCCAUUCAGUGGUCGGGAAGAAGAUCUAACCGAAGACUUCAAAGGAAUAACAGCUUGUCUCCAAACAACCCUCUACUGAACCUUGUCAAUUCAGGUUUGUUUGAAGAAGACAACCAAUGGAUGACUCAAAUCAACAGACUGCAAAAGCUGAUUGACCGUCUUGAAAAAAAGGCAAGACUCAACUCUCAACUCAACUUUAUACAGCACUUUUUACACUUUACAUUGUUACAAAGCAGCUACUCUUAUCAUAAGCAUGAGCACAUUCUGAUCGUCCAGCGGCAGCUCUCCGUGCUGGAGGAAGAAUUGGAAGAGUUUCGUUUGGCUCUCCAGCAGUACAUCGACUGCGCGCGCGCUCAGACAGGUUGCCUCCAUGUUGCAGUUCAGAGGCUUGCGAAUGAAUCCCGCUUCAUACUGUAUGAGUUCUGGGAGCAAAGCAACGUGUGGAAGAAUCACCUCCAGACCAACUACAGCAAAACCUUCCAGAGAGGCAACGUGGAUUUUUUGGAGACUCCAGAGAUUAUGACAACUAUGCUGGUUCCAGCAUCUUGGUGGGUCCUUAACAACAACAACUAGUUUCUCACUCCAGUUUGGUGAUGCCAGAAAUGACAAGUACCACACAAGUUAUGAUUGACAUCUCUCUCCCUCUGUAAACAGGAGCUGACCUCUUGUGUUCACACGUGCUGUAUGGUCAGGGUGACUAGCACUUUCCAUGUUGUUCCAUUCUUAGCUCUAGACAAUAUUAAAUAAAACAAUGAAGUCGUUUUCUGAUGAUAGCACUCAACCACCUUAUAGAUGUUUCCUAUUGUUCAUCUGUGACGGGACAGUAGUGAUGUGUGCUGAUUCAGUUUGUCUUUAUAGAACGCGACUGUGAUGUCAUAAUUCCUGAUCCUAUCAGAGUUCCUGACAUGAUCAUUUCUAUGAAAAUAUAUACACUUAGGUUGUUGUAUAUUAUGUAGUUUGUCAGCUCUGAAUGAAUAAAAAUAUUCAAAUAUUCAUUUUUUUCCUCAAAUUUUGCCAAGCAGAUGUUUCAAAGCUACAGCUCCUGAUGUUAACAGCACACAAAUCCUCAUUUUUGUCUGCUUAUAAGAGUGCUGAUCGUGCGAGACCUCCCAGAGCUACAGAUGACUCAUAGAGAGUUGUGUUUUUGAAGACCCAACACUGCCAUCCUGUGGUUAUGUUUUUAUGAGCACAAGCUUCAAUCAUUUGUCACAAACUAAAACCAAGUCUCAAAAAUUGGUUAUCCGAACAUGUCAUCCAAACAGGAUUCACAGACAGUAAACUCAUCUGAACAGAACAUAUUUACUGAAAAAUAAACAGAUACCGUUGACUAAAUAAUGAAGAAAGAGCAGCCAAUAAGAGCACAGAACAGAUGGGAACUCCUUUAAAAUGGUUUAAAAAGCAUUUUAGGACAGACCUCAAGAAGCUGCUUGAUUAAAAGUCAAAAACAUUUCUGCAAAGUCUAGUCAAAAGGUGACUACACGGAUCAUAAAAUAUUAAUAUUUUUAUUUUAGUUACAACAUAAUUCCCAUAGUUCCCUUUGUUUUAUUUCAUAAUUUUGAUAAGUUUGUUAUAAUUCUAAUAUGUGGAAAAAUAUGAACACAUAAGUGUACCAAAACCUUUGACUGGUAGUGUAUAUGUAUAGGCCUAUAUGAAUCUCACAAAAUCUGGAAGAAUGUAUGCAGCUUAUAUAAAACCCCAAACUCUACAGAAUAAAAUCUUAUUUGAAAAAAAAUGAAAUGGUGGAAAAGGCUGUAAACAGAGGUAAUAUUUGUUGUACAAAUCAGGAAACAGUAUACGGCACUGAGAAUGAGAUGCUUUUCACUAGUAAUGAGAAU